AAGCCUUACAUAAUAAAUGCAGAAAGCCCGCCCCCUCCAUGUUAAAGGACUGCAGGCUCCUAACAGAGUCAGUUUAGUUGCACUCACAGGGAAGAGGCUACUCAGCACUGAUCUCACGACACACUUGACGUUAGUCGACAAGUGUCAGGAAAAUAACGAAGUGUCCUUCGAAGCAGUGGUUUGGGAUUUUACAAGAUGAUUUUCGACAAAGUGAAAAAGUUUGACAUCGUCUUUGACUCGCCUGAGAUCGACUCCCCACCCGUGUUUAGCAGCGGUGAUGUGGUCUCGGGAAAAGUUGUCCUGGAGCUCGGUGGAGAGAGCAAAAUCGAGUCAUUGAAGUUACAUGCAGAAGGUUUUGCGAAAGUGCAUUGGACAGAAUCGCGAAGCGCUGGAUCAAGCACCGCUUAUACCCAAAAUUACAGCGAUGAAGUGGAGUACCUGAACCGGAGAGAGUUGCUUCUGCAAGCAGACAAUGGAGAGCUGACUAUCCUUCCUGCUGGCAAGCACGAAUUCCCAUUCAGUUUCCAGCUUCCUGAGGAGACGUUGGUGACCUCCUUCGAGGGCAAGCACGGCAGCAUCCGCUACUGGGUCAAGGUGAAGCUGCACAGGCCGUGGUGCACCGUCAGGAAGAUCAAGAAGGAGUUCACCGUCAUCGAGCCCAUUGACAUCAACACGCCCACUCUUCUGGCACCUCAAGCUGGAACCAAAGACAAGAACGCACGUGUGUGGUACCGCAACUUUGGACAGGUGUCUGUAACAGCAAAGAUCGACCGCAAAGGCUACACUCCAGGCGAAGUCAUCCCCGUGUUUGCCGAGUUUGACAACGCUACGUCUCGCUCCAUCGUGCCCAAGGCCUACAUCACGCAGACGCAGACGUUCAUCGCACGUGGCACCAUGAAGCAGAAGCGGGCAGUGGUGGCUACGCUCUGCGGUGACCCCGUGGGUGCCCGGCGCCGCGAGACCUGGCACGGCCGUGCCAUCAAGAUCCCGCCCGUCGGGCCCUCUAUCCUUCAGUGCCGCAUCAUCAAAGUGGAGUACACCCUCAAGGUGUGUGUGGAUGUGCCAGGCACCUCUAAGCUGUUUCUGGAGCUGCCGCUGGUGAUGGGCACCAUCCCUCUGCAUCCGUUUGGCAGUCGCACAUCCAGCGUCAGUAGUCAGUACAGCGUCAACCUUGAGUGGAUCCGCAUGGCCAUCGCCGAGCAGCCCGAGCCCCCCCCAGAGUACAGCUCUGUGGUGACCGAUGCUGAAGCUGUCCAGAACAGCUCACCGGCCCCCUGCAGCCCUGCGGAGGACGAGCUCAGCGGCCUCCUCGAGAGACCCCUCAUGGCCUACGUCCAGGAGUUUCGCUUCCGCCCCCCCCCUGUGUACAGCGAGGUGGACCCCAACCCUCAGCCCUGCAGCAUGAGACCUCGCUGCAUGACGUGCUGAGCGGAGCGACCAACUUGAGCAUCACGACGCAAUGAUGCCUCUGAUGAUGAUUGAACCGAAGCAGAGAUUCGUUCUCUUCUCUCGAGCGAAGCAGAGAUUCGUCCCCUUCUCUCGAGCCUUCUCUCCGCUCCAGGGGGGCUUUGCGGCCUAGCCGACGCAUUUCCUCACUCUUGCCGAGGCACGCGCGGAACACCGCACCACCGGGCGAGUCCUGGACUAUGGGCCCGCGGGGGGACUGGAAACAAAUCCUCUCAUAUCGAAACGAAAACAUAAAGAACUAAACGAAGAAGAAAAAAAAAGAACUAAGAACCUUUUUUGUUUGUUUCUGUCCUCCUGAGUGGCUGCGGGUGGAACCAGUUGUGUCCACUCCAGCCCGUCCCAUGGUGCUCACAUUGAGACGCUUGAGUGUUGUGUAGGAGUCAGUCCAGCCGUGGGCGGUGGACUGGUUGGGGAAACAGAUGUUUAAAAGGUUUCAUAUGUGAUUGUGUAUAUUUUUUAUUGAAAGCCUCACUUUGGUGCCUGGCAUUUGUAAACGGGCAACUAGUCCAUUGAUGUCCGUGGAAGCCAGCCGUGAUUUGAAGCCUGCCAUCUGAUCUUCCCCACCUUUAUCCAUCUCAACUUAUAGAUGUCAAAAACCUUUACACGCCUCUAAAUGCCUUCAUGUGAUAAGCCCAGGAGAUUCAGACUUUGUGUCAGGAGACUGGUCCCGUGCCUCUUGAGUGGUGUUGGAGGGCAAAGGUCAAGAGAGCUAGCCAGUUAGCAAGUUUUACAGAAGCAGAAUGGACACUUAUGCAAAAGGGAAACGUAGCGGAAGCUUGAGUUUGACAAAGUUGAAUGAGUGUUGCCAUGACAGCAUGCGUCCCUGUCCCGCCCCCUCUGUGUACGGUGACGUGGGACUGCGCUCUGGGUUUUAGACGUGUGGGAAUUAGAAUGUUAAGCGCUGAGCAGCCCAAUGGGAAUUAGAAUGUUGAGCGCUGAACAGCCCAAUGGGAAUUAGAAUGUUGAGUGCUGAGCAGCCCAAUGGGAAUUAGAAUGUUGAGCGCUGAACAGCCCAAUGGGAUUUUUGAAAACUGUCCAGCCGCUUGUGUUUUACAAACGCAACGAAAGGAGAGCUAUUCAGGUGAUUAUUGCAGAAAGGAGAGCUAUGUCCAGGACAGGUGAUUAUUGCAGAAAGGAGAGCUAUGUCCAGGACAGGUGAUUAUUGCAGAAAGGAGAGCUAUGUCCAGGUAAUUAUUGCAAAAUGGUCGAUGGGGCUCGUUCUGCACUCGUUCUUCUGCGAUGGCUGCCGUGUCCGGCGAGCCCAGUUGUAGCCGUAAGCGGAGCGAGUGCGGGCGGCCUCGGCUCUCAAGUCAACCCCACAGGUGCCUCUCUAGAUGUUCUGACCCAAGUGCCUCUCUAGAUGUUCUGACCCAAGUGCCUCUAGAUGUUCUGACCCAAGUGCCUUUCUAGAUGUUCUGAAGCAGUUUCUUACCAAGCCCAGGGAUUUUGCUCAAUGUUGCAUUAAAGCUUUAAUACUCAGUGACCAUUCCAGAAGUCCAGAUGGGCUGUCCUCAUUGCCAAAUAGUGAAGAGAGAAUAUGUUCAGGUCAGACACAAUGUAAUUGUGCAUGGCACUCAUCUUAAAAUGAAUGUAUUUUGUACUGAAUGCUCUUAUUGUAUCUGCAAAAUUUAUUUUUGGAUUUUUUUGUUAUUACUUUUCUAAUAAAAAAACAAAACAUGA